AUGGAGCAGUUUGUAGCGCCGAGUCGAGGCGGCCGCAAGCGUCGCAGCGGCAGUAAACGCAAACGCAACACUAGUCGUCAAAGCGAGGAAAACGAGGAGCUCAAGAUGGAGGAAAAGCAGGAGGAGGACGAAACACAAGAAGCAAAACGAGAAGCAGAAGAAGAAGCAGAAGAGAAGAAAGGAGAAGGAGAAGCAGCAGAAGAACAGAAAGAAGACGAUAAAGCAGCAGCGGCAGCCGAAGGAAAAGAAGAAGAAAAAACGGACCGAGACAAGACGUUGCUCACGCAGUGGAGUUGUCCAUGUUGCACGUUUCUUAACGAGGCCUCACGCUGUUUCUGUGAGAUGUGCGCGACGCCGAAUCCGUCGUCUGCUUUGGCCGUUGCUGGAGCAUUCAGGGGAACCAUUACUGCCUCGGAAUGGCGAUGCGCGGUCUGUACGGUCGUGAGUCCAGCGGCGAUGCGAGUCUGUGCCGUCUGCGGGACGUUGAAUCCGCAGCUUACGCUGUCGUCUGGUCUUAGUAUUGCAAGACACGCGAAAGCACCUGGAAACGAGUCGAUUGCCUCGUCCAGCAGUGACGAUAGCGACGAGGACGACAGUGACGACGAAGAAGACGGCGAGACGUGGAGUUGUACGAGUUGCGGUACGCUGUCUUGUGGACGCACGUGUCUGAACUGUUUUGCACAGCGGUCGAAAGUGGCACGUGCAAGUGACAGCACAGAAGGAAAGAAAAAGAACGAGGAAAAGAAGCAGGCGCGUCGUCUGAAGAAACAGAAACGACGGAAGUGUGUAAAAAAGCUGCAACAGAGAGCAAAAACGGCAUAUGGUGUCUCGCUUGACGAGCUAAAGAAUCUGAUGAUGGAGCCAACAAGUGGUUGCUUGGUCGAUACUUUGCAGAGGCUAACGCAUGCACUGGCAAUGGUUGACGCAUCGACGGACAGUGAAUGGGCCGACGGGUCGUCGUUCCAAUUUCGCAGUUUUGGUUGUGUGUCGUCAUCAAAAGCAGAUAAAGACCCAGAGCUCUUGACAGUGUUGUCCACUGUAUUCUGUGGCCAUGAACGCAAGUACCCAGCAAGAGUUGAACUGUUGGCGGUCCAGUCCAUUAACUAUAUGAUGAAGAUGGACAGACACAUGUUUGCACGGUCGAAGAUGGUAGACGUCGUCAGGUUAUACAUUACUAAAUUAUUAGCGUGGAAGAGCCCGAGUGGUGGGAAUGCCUUCGAUUCUGAUGCUGCAAAGAAUGAUUCGAUGAUCGUGGAAGAGUGUUUGAGCGGCUUGUCAAAUCUAUGUAGCACUGAGGGAUUCGCUCUUCGAGAAGUGGUGGCACAAGUGAAUUUUGCUGGGUAUCUAGACUUCUUGAUAAGCUUUGUGGAUAGAGCUGAGGAACGAGAUGGUGGCUUUCACCCAAGUAUCGUAAUGACGGCGCUCGAAAUCUUGCAAAAAUGCUGCUUGAAAUUACGAUGGAGCGGAAAGUCCAGUCAAAAGCGUAUUUCUACAGGGAACGCGAAGAAACCCACGACAGUAAGACAGGACGCUCGACUUACGCUGGAACUCGCAACGAAGUUGAUUGGCUUUUUGCGGAAUGUCUUACAGCAUAGACACGUGCCAUUGCACGUCAAGGCAGCGAAGUGCUUGCUGCGUUUAUUUCACCGCACUCCAUAUGACCGUCCUGAGAUUAUCAGACAACUCGUUUCGUCCGAAGUGUUGCGCAACUUUGUUGCAGUUGUGGUGAACACAAACAGCGAAGAGUCAGAAGAAUCACGUUUAGCAAUGGUCUCGCUGUUACUCUACUUGUUUGAGAAUCGCCCGCAAAUUGUUGACAAGUUCUUGCGGGAAAGAAUUUAUACCGAUUUGUUUAGUGGCGUAUUGGCGAUACUGCAGUCAUCGUCAACGGCACUUCGAACUAACGUGUUGAAGCUCACAUCAAUGCUUUCUCGCGUAGUUUGUAAAAAGCACUCAUCAGGGUCCGCUAAAAGCCUGCGUCACAAUUCGAUGGAUAGAUGCGCUACGGGGGGCGAAUCAGCUCCCGAUUUUAACGAUUUGGUAUCACAGCCGCGUCGGAUGAGGCGCAAUCGCCGACGGUUGGACUCUUUACCAGACCCUAAUGUCUUAUCGACGCUACUGCUAGACUUCAUUCGAGCAGAUUCAAUUCCUGCUGUCAACGUUGUUUUGAAAGACGGCGCCGAUCUGGACUUUCCACAGUUCUCUGUGGCCCAGCAGGAUGAGUUUGAUAAACCACUUAAUGUUGCGGUGGAGUGCGCAUCGCUAGGAAUGGUACGAUUUCUGAUAAAGCGAGGUGCUGACAUUCACCAGAUGGGCAAUGACGGUACUGCCCUCCACGUCGCAGCUAGAACGGGUCGGUGCGAUAUCGCUGCUUUUCUGUUGCAAUGUGGGGCACGUGUACAAGCUAGAGAUCGAGAAAAGAAGACCGUUCUCGAUGUCGUAAAUUUGGCUGACAAGACAGCAAGUGGGGACGGCACGGUGGAAUCCACUCCGUCUCCGAUGAAAAAGUUGCUGGAGAUUUAUCAGCGCACGUCUGGCGUGCAAGAUUACGACAGCGAUUUGUCAGAGAGCUAUAAGGGGGAAGGUGGUAAAAGCCGGACGUGGUUCUGUGCAUCUGACCAAGACGAUGAAUACGUAGACAAUGACGAUGACGAUGACAUGGAUGAUGACGAGUAUGAAGGUGAAGAAGGCUACUACUUGGAUUAUGAUGACGAUGACGAUGACGAUGACGACGACGAUGACGACGACGAAGAUUCCGAUGACGCAAGCCGACAUAGUCAAGAGAUGGGUGAUUGCAGCGACGAGGACAUGGCAAACGCUGAUGACGGCAUGUUGAGUGCGGUACCACCGCUGGGCAGAAGCCGUCUUAACUCUAUGUCAUCUGCGUCAAGUGUAGAGACGGAUCGAGUCUUGCUAGAUGCAGGUGGCGAUACCCCGAGUCUCGCUGGACAAACGGUUGCGUCAAGGGGAAGCAAAAUUCAUUCAGAUGAAGAUGCGGUGCUGGAACGUGAUGCCUUUUGUGUCACAGCUGACGAGGUCUAUGAGUUCAGUCUUGCCUUAACUCAAUGUCUAUUAGCAGUGCUACAUGACGUGGAUAUUCAGAAUGUGGAGCGCUCCGUUAUUUCCACGGUAGCAUGUGUGCUGGAAAUGGCACCAUCUCAGCUCAUUCACGCUUUGAAAGAGGCGGAUGUGGUGCUCAUUUUGGACACAGUACAUUUUUUGCUGCAAGGCGAAAAGCUGGGUUUAGCUAACACAGACGCUCCAGUCUGUACCAGGGCGACAUCAGCGUCUUUGCAGAUAGCCCCGCGCGGAGGUAAAUCUACUGCUGCUCAUGAUUUGCCGUCAUAUAUAUUAGCGUUUCGUAUCUUGGAGGCUAUGGUCAGGAAAUCAUCGAAGGAAUCUUGCUUAUUUUACGAAAUGAAAAGGAGAGGAAUAUGCGAGCAAAUCGAGCAGCUAAAUUGCGCACCGACGUGCUGGACCAGCUCUACGCACACUGGUAGUUGUCUCCGGAGUCCUCGCGAAACAAUUUUUGGAAGAGCGCUGAGUCUGCUGAAGUCACGUCAAUCAGACAUGCUCGAAAGUGGUAUGCUUCAUCUCCACAAGCUCCGGAAUCUCGCGAGGCGGUUAAAGAAGGUGUCCGAUGACGACUCCUUACGCGAGAAAGAGCUCGUUUUGGUAGAUCUAGUGGACCUUUUUGAGCAGUCAGACUCCAUUACAGCGUAUGAGUUCAAACAUUCGGAGCUGCUGCCUGCGAUUCUCCAGUAUAUCUCCCCGCAAGGUGAGCUUGACAAAACCCGAGCAGUAGCAAUAACGCAGGCUUUCGAACGCUCUCCUUCUACACUGAAGCAUCUGAUUGUACAGCUGCAGAACAUUAUCACGCAGGAAGAGACGUUUUCGUUAGUUUGUUUCAAUACUGGCAAAGGACGAGAGCUGUUUCCGCUGACUCGGCAGCUGAAUAUCUCGUUCUUGCGGCCAGGUGACAGGGCUGCUGACGGAAAGAAGCACGCGGGUCGAAAAGAGAACGUGAUUCGUUCUUCACCGUUGACGCACUUUCAGUCGUUCGAGAGGUCGCUUUUUCGGUGCAUGCCCGUAAUCGACUCCGACCUGUCGUUGCUGUAUCUCAAUCUAGUGGGGCACUCCGUUCAGAAAGUGGUGGAUGGAAAAUGGAAAAAGUUUGUUGUCGUGGGAUAUGAUGAUACACGGUCUUGUCACUUGGCCAAACCGACUGAAGAGUCAAGCGAUGAUCUCGUAGAGAUGCUACUUCACGACUCUCAAUGCAAGCUGCUUGGAAGUGUGAACGUAUACGAGAACGUUGCACUAGAUCUGCAGCUGUAUGGGCUGCCAAGUGCUACGAACACCGGUCGUCAAAGUGCUGGCAAAAAGAAACGAAAGAACAACAAGCGAAAACGGAAGUCUCCUACUCAUAAACAGCAGCAGCAUGGUAGCAUCAGAACCUGCCUGGUGGAGGUGAAAAAUGAUGGUGUGUUGAAGAAUGCGAAAUUGCCAGGAGCUUGGUAUGCGGCAAUACUUGUACAUAGUGCAGGCACGUCAGAAGAGCAGACAUGUGAAGAAGUGCUUGCCGCGCAGGGCACGCACUCGGUCAAAUUGCUGGGUGACGACCGAGAUCUACACGAUGUGCGAGCUGAUUGCCUCCGCCCGCGAAGAUCCCAGCCCCAAGUAGGUAGCGUAGUUGAUGUGGAUGGCGCUUUGGGAGAAGUCACUCGGAUCUACAGUGAAAACAGCGCGCCAGGUGGUACUGCAAGCGUACUGUAUGACGUAAAAACUAGUUCCGGCAUCGAAAAAAGCCGCGUGGAGACGAGUCGGGUCCGCUUUCCCGCACGUCCGAUGACUGCCGCUAGAAUUGCUGCAGAUGAGAGUGAUUCAAUGGAGGCGACGAGCAUGCGACGGUUGUUUUCUGUUCAAAACACAUCGUCACUGGCUGGAAAUGUUGGUGACCGCGUGUGGGUUUUGCCUCCUCUGGGGUCGCCAAUUGCGGACCUCUGUGUCGCUGGCACGAUCAAGGGUUUCCCUACCAGGUCAAAAUCUAUUCAUGAAUCCGCUGUUGUUCUUGUAGAAAUCGCGUUUGGUUCCAAACCGUCCCUUGUCGUCAGUGUGCAUCACGAUCGAAUACGCAAUUUCGCACUUGAUCGAAGUAUGUUGUCCAGUUCCGCUCCCUCACGCAUUCUUGCAGCACUGCAGAUGGCUUCAGGGCGGGGCGCCUCGAGCAGACUAUUUGGCGACGGACGCAAUAGUCAAGACAACAGUGCCAUUCACCGAGCGUUUGAGAGGGUCGCAGGAUCUUUGCAGCAAAAUCAAAUUGGAGACAGACAAGGCUUUUCAGGCAUAGCGAUGGACCAACUCCGUACGUUGGCAUCGCGUAACUCUGCAGUUAGCAGAAAUGCGCCGAGCGAUGUCGACACUACUGAUCAAGCAUCACCUGCCACUUAUAGCGCGCAAUCGAGCACGCCAUCGAAUGAGCUGAUUGAGGAGGAAGUGUUGACGGAUGAAGGGUUGAUACUAGCGCCUCACCCCGUUGCUGCUAAAACGUCUAAAGAGGGAAGUUAUGUCACCCAGGAGAGUUCAGUUGGAGACGGUUUGUCGUCAUUGCAAUCGCAUGUAAGACCCAAGGGUACGAAGCCUAAAAUGGUUUGUUCGCAGCUGCCCAAGGUAAGUUUGGUGGUUGGAUUCCGCAAGUGCGACGCAAGUAUUGUAGCGCAGGAUCCGAGUCUAGGGUCGUCCGAACGUGGCCUUGAGCUUCCUGACAGAAGCACGUGGAGCAAAGGCACACCUGCAUCGUCACCACUUAUUCAGCUGAACCCAUCCACGCAGCAGUUUGAGGCAACUGCUCAUGCUCACAAGGCCUUGCUGGACAUCUUUCAUUCGUUUGGCGUAUCGGGGACAUCCCAAAAGAAAAAGCGGAAGAAGCUGCCAGAUGUGGUUCAGCGGACCGUUCAUGACGGAGCUCCUUGGGAUAUUGAAAAGUUUAUUGCUUUUAUGUCAGCUGUACGUGGGUCGACGACGCACAGUCACACCGAAUCAAUUGCGAAGUGUUGCAUCUUAUUUUCAAAGUUCGCCGACCCUGGUGCGAGUCGGAGGCUGCUGAAAGCCGAUGGAUUUGUCGCUUUUGCGGUGCACGAAUGCAGAGAUGCAACUAAAUCGAAGCGGAUGCUGACGUUUCUGCGAUCACGCGGUUACAUGGAAAAGCUGCAAGCUUCCAGUGCGUCCCGAAGUAGCAGCAGUGAAGACGAAGUCGAGGAGAAAGGCGCGCCUGCUGACGACUCCAGGACUGCACAUGUACAAGUAUCUCGCAUGAAAACGCGACAACCUGUGGUGCUUCGUAGCUUUCCUUCUGACCAGAACGUGCUUAAAUGUGUGGAGGACUUGCGCCGCGAACAGAGUGCUCGAUCCGGCAGUGACCCUUCCUGCACUAGCGCGACCUCCAGCGCCGUGGAUACAUCCCUUCCGCCUUGGAAGCUGACCUACAAACUAUAUUGUGAUUAUCAAGUUCAAUGGGGGGCGCAGUUUUCUUACACAACGAGCGCUUCUUAUCCGGUCGAUUCUGGCACCGACUCGCUGGCUCCUUUAUCAGCCAUUGCGUGCAAACGACCGGCACGGUCGUUGUCGUAUGGUGUUGUUACGCUUGAUAGCGAUGGCGCUACAGAAGACUCGCAGUGGCCAAGUCGCAUUGCCACUUUACAAGGUGGCAACAGCAGUACGUGUAACGGAAUUAUCGUGCCUGACACGGUGGCAAGCGCGGUGCGCCUGCUCCGCUAUUUAUUUCAAUUCCGCGCAGAUGCGGCGUCUCUAGAUGAAGCGUUAUGGACGAGCCCGCGAUUGUACAAUAAGCUCGAGACGCAGAUGCGAGAUGUGCUCUCCAUGUGUAGUGGUAUUUAUCCGUCCUGGUGCGAUGCGCUUGUGACCCACUGUAAAUUCUUUUUUCCGCGAGACCUGCGAGAAAAACUGUUUCGCUCUACAUCGUUCGGCUGCACCCGCUCGCUGCACUGGUUCCGCAAUCGACUGAAUAGCGAGGACAGCUUAGCCGACUCCGGGAUGUCUGCAAUGGUAGGAGGCGGCAUUUUCAACCAAGAGGUCUCCAUAUCGCCUGUUCCGAAAGAACGCGUCAAAGUGUACCGUGAGCAUAUCUUGCGAUCCGCGGAGGCAGUGAUGAAAAUGCACGCGAAACGUAAAGCUAUCUUAGAUGUGGUGUUCGUCGGUGAGAAGGGCUACGGCUCUGGCGUGACAGCAGCGUUCUACUCAACAGUAGCACACGCGCUCCAGACAGUCCCAGAAACUGAGACAGAUCGAUUAUGGAUCCCUGGCGAAGACGAUGAGGUCGCGAUGUCGCACAGAGCUAACGUUUGCGGCAUCGCGGACGAUACACCAGUGAUCCGUCACUCCAACGGUUUAUUCCCAUAUCCUCAGCGCAGAUCGAACCCGAAGCUAGUGGAGUGUUUCCGCAUGAUGGGUAGACUAGCAGGCAAAGCACUAAUGGAUGAGCACUUGCUUCCGCUGCCGUUGUCGCCGCAGUUCCUCAAGCUUGUGCUUGGUGAAAGUUUUGGACUGGAAGAGCUAGGCGACAUCUUUUUGAGCCACGGACGUAUCGUGUAUUCGAUGUACAAAGCUUCUCAAAAGCUAGUCUUGGGCAAACAGAGUGUCCAAAUUGACAAUCUUGACGUUCAAGACUGGUUGAGUGCCGUCGGGCUCACGUUCAUUGAUCCGUUUUCGCAGGAACCACUUGUUGCCGGCGGGGAAGAUAUCGCUGUGACCCCUAGCACCUUGGUGCUAUACGUACGGGCGGUGCUGGAGUUGUGGCUCGACUCGGGCAUACGUCCUCAGGUGCUGGCGUUCCGUGAAGGCAUUAGCGAGGUUUUUCCGCUGGAAAAGUUGCGCUUGAUGUUUGUUCCAGAAGUGCUAUCGAUGCUUUGCGGUGAGAAGGAUGUAGAGUGGAAUGUGGACUCGCUGGUGAAGGAUACAAAGCUUGCGCAUGGAUUCACAAAGGACAGCCAACCUGUGCAGUUUUUCUUCGAAGUGCUGGAGGAAAUGUCAGCCAUAGAGCGUCGAGCGUUCCUGCUUUAUGCGACAGGAUGUCCAAAUUUACCUCCUGGCGGCUUUCCGGCGCUCAAGCCGCCAUUUGAAGUCGUCCGCCGGGUUGUUGAUAACGCUGAUGUCGAUCUUGCGCUGCCAUUUGCGCGGACUUGCACCAAUACUUUGCACUUGCCAGCCUAUUCCAGCAAAGCUGUGCUUGCAAAGCAAAUGGCAUUCGCUAUUGCCAAUAGCCGCGGUGUCAUUGAUCGGGACUAA